UUUCCCAUCUGCUCUGGGCUCAGCACGUGGUGUGUGUGUGUGAGAGUGUGUGAGUGAAUGUGUGUAAGGAUCAGUCAUGUCAGUGUUAAAGCGGAACCGACACAGCAAACGUUCGUCUGAGUCCAUCUACGACAUGCUGCACCUGAGCACUGAGCAGGUUGCUGCUUUUUGCCGAAGCCUUCAUGAGAUGAACCCGUCAACUGAAGCAGCUUCGUCUUCUUCAUCUUCCUCACUUCCUCGUCAGCUCUCGGACGCCGAUAAACUGCGCAAGGUCAUCUGUGAGCUGGUGGAGACCGAGCGCACUUACGUAAAGGAUUUGAAUUGUCUUAUCGGGAGAUAUUUGACUCCUCUGCAGAAGGAAAGCUUCCUCACCCAGGAUGAGCUGGACGUGUUGUUCGGAAACCUUCCGGAGAUGCUGGAGUUUCAGGUGGAGUUUUUACGCACACUCGAGGAUGGAACGCGACUCGUCCCUGACCUGGAGAAACUGGAGCGAGUCGAUCAGUUCAAGAAGGUUCUUUUCUCUCUCGGAGGUUCGUUCCUUUAUUACGCCGAUCGCUUCAAGAUCUACAGUGCGUUCUGUGCAAGUCACACUAAAGUCCCCAAAGUCCUGACGAAAGCAAAGACAGACCCUGACUUUAAGGCUUUCCUAGAUGAGAGGAACCCGAAGCAGCAGCACUCGUCCACACUCGAGUCGUAUCUGAUUAAACCUAUCCAGAGAGUGCUGAAGUACCCGCUGCUGCUGCGAGAGCUGUACACACUCACUGACCCCGAGAGUGAGGAGCACUACCACCUGGAUGUGGCAAUGAAGGCCAUGAAUAAAGUAGCCAGCCACAUAAAUGAGAUGCAGAAGCUCCAUGAGGAAUUUGGUGCCGUGUUUGACCAGCUCAUCGCAGAACAGACCGGCAACAAAAAAGAGGUAGCUGAUCUUUCGAUGGGAGACCUGCUGCUUCACACCAUACUGAUUUGGCUCAAUCCUCCGUCAUCGUUGGGAAAAUGGAAGAAGGAGCCGCAACUCGCCGCCUUCGUGUUUAAAACAGCCGUUGUUUUUGUCUGCAAAGACGGCGCCAAACAAAAGAAGAAAAUGGGUGGAUCACAACGUGCAUCAGUAUCAGGUGAAGACAGAGACCCUUUCCGUUUCCGUCACAUGAUCCCCACAGAUGCCCUUCAAGUUCGAACCCUGACUGGUGCAGAAGGUGACAGUGCCGCUGUGUGUGAGAUCAUCCAUGUGAAAUCUGAGUCGGAAGGAAGGCCAGAGCGAGUGUUUCACCUUUGCUGCAGUUCUGCCGAAAGCAAGAAGGACUUCCUGAAGACAGUGCACUCCAUUUUAAGAGAUAAACAGAGACGGCAGCUGAUGAAGACAGAAAGUCUUCCUCCCAGCCAGCAGUACGUGCCAUUUGGAGGGAAGCGUCUGUGCGCUCUGAAAGGAGCCAGACCUGCUAUGAACCGAGCAGCCUCAGCUCCAACACGUACUCUGGGUCGGCGCAAACUAGUGCGUAACCGCUUCACCAUUGACACAGACAUCGUGUUCGACACCGAUGCCGACGCUGACUCCCCAGACUCCCAGACCUCCCUACAGCCUGGUGAUACAGACCGCUGGGUGGAGGAGCAGUUUGACCUGCAGCGCUAUGAGGAGCAAGAGCAAGCAAAAGAGACAGAUUUACUGAGCGAUGAUGAUGUUGGAGACGGCGACGAUGAAGACCUCAGUCAGGAGCUAGAAGGGCCUGUUUCGACCGUGUCGCUGGACGAUGAUGAAGAAAACACUAAAACCGAAGGCAAAGACUGCAAAUCCCAGCAUGCUUUGAGGCUAUCCCAUCUCGGGAAGCAGUGCGCCAUGUCCGUGGCCAGUGUAGAUGAGCAGUCGGUUGUUGCCGACGAGGAAGUGUGGGUGCGGCGGCAGACGAGCAGUACUGACAGCGAUACACAGAAUGAGUCACAAAGCUGAAGACUACCCAACAUUUCAGAAUUACACAACAAUAGAGUUUGAUGAGUAGAAUUUGGCCAGAAAAAAGAGCCAGAAAUGUAACCACCAGACUUUAGACAAUUUAAAGGAAAUACAACACAAAUGAGGCAAAUGCUAGUCCCCAUUAAGCAGCAUGGUCUAACUCUACAUAUGUCACUCUUCCUAGGGGAAUGUCAACAGGGGUAUGUUGAAAACAGUGCGAAAGAACUGCAGAGAUUCUCAUCUUCAGCAUCACAAAUAUUGGUGUUAGAUCUAAUACAUAAACUCUCUUAACUGCCACUUUGGACGUACGAUCACUUCAGCUGUGUCGAGACACUUUCCAUUAUUUCAGGCGUCUUCUUUAAACGUACACCACCCGAAAGGUAGGUGAGGUUAUUUGAAUAUUUCCCAGAUGGAACGUGAAUAUCUAGCCAACAUCAGCUUGAUGUGUGUAAUGUACAACUACAAAACGUACAAGUGUACGUGGCAUUGGCCAAUUAUCAUGUUUUUUUUUUAAACAAGUGAAUCGACUACUAAUUGACUGUAGGUAUAAAUGGAUGUGCAUAGUACCCUGUGAUGGACUGACAUCUCAUGUAGGGUUCCUCCUGGGUUAGGCUCAACGAUCCUGAUCAGGAUAAUAAUGUGGAAUUCUGUAUAUCUAUAGCACCUUUCUAACACUCAACAUUAUCGCCUAAUGGCAAUUCUCAUUCAGAUAUUGGAUCGAUAUCUACAGUCCCCUUCAAAAGUAUUAGAACGGCGAGGCCAAUUCUUUUGUUUGUGCUAUACACUGAAGGUACAGUAAUUACGAGCAGACGGAUCAUAUGUAAGCUUCCGUUUCCUGAUAUUUAUAUAUAGAUGUGUUAAGCAACUUAGAACAUGGCACCUUUGGUGGCAGACCGCCCAAUUUUUUUUCCGCUCUGUAUGAAGGGAGUCUUCCGAAAGCCGUCACUGUUUUAGAGCAGACGGUCUUAAAGUAAAUAACAUUUAAUAUUUGGUUGCAUAUUUAUUUGUAUUUAUCUCUAAUCAGUGUAUAAUAAAAACAGUAAAAUUGACCGUAUCAUUUCAAUACGUUCAGAGGGGACUGUAUGUACAUACAGUAGAUAUCUACAUUGAUACCUGUGGUACUACUGUAUGGUUCCAUAACUGAAUGAAGGACUACCAGAGCAUUUUUCCCUUUAAGACUACCAGAGUAUUCACAUUUGCUUGCUUCUUUACCAAGUAUCAACUUCCUUACCAACUUGGACUUCCCCAUGUCCUCAUGUCCGCAGUCAACAUACGUUGUUCUCUGGACAUUCUUGUCAGUGCAGGUUGCCUUUUGGUUCAGAACAAAAUGUUUUGGUCUAAUGACGAUUUUAAAAGGUGAUCAAAGGAUCCAUCAAACGUUUGUAUCUUGAAUCCUCAUGAAUCUUGAAGUAAAAGAGGAUGAGCUUGAUAUAGCAGGGAUGUUUUAAAAGUUGCACGUACAAGGUCACAUCUACAAGGUCAGUCUUCUUGGUUGGUACUGGACAAAUGGGAAUAUUCCACUAGUUCCAUGGGUAGCUGUUCUGCUAUUCUACUUCCUUUUAUUAAACACCACUAGGUUCGGUUGUGUUUGGAACUAAUCUCAAAAUCUGAAUACAUCUAUAGACAAGUUCUAGUAUUUACAACAUUAAAGGUGGGGUGUACGAUGUUUGAAAGCCAAUGCUGACAUUUGAAAUCAUCAAAACAAACACGCCCCUAACCGAAACGGGUCCCACCCCUGUAUCGAUAGCUCCGCCCACAUAUACGUACGUAACCCAGGCAACUAAUGGAAAGAAAUGUGUCUUUAUCAUAGCUGAAGGGAAGAACAAUACAAUUGUAGAUAAACAAACAAGCAAAAAUGACACACAAGCAUAAUCAUGUAAAGGACAAAGGCAUAUAUUAGUUCUGUGUAACAAAGCAAAACCAACGUUACUCACCUAUCGAGAAGGAAAAAAACGACCUUGGCGUCCCAUCACAGGCCUUCCUGCUCCUUCAGUUCUCUCCAGUGCUGGAAAGCUGAUCCUAUAUUAACACGGGUCCUAUUUCUUACCUUAUCGUAAGCCUUUUUUCGCUUUUUGUUUUUAGCCUCCAUGUCAAUGUUUCAAUCGCUUUCUGCUAAUGUCAGACAUGUGCACUGAACACUCUCUCAGCCGCAUAUUGACAAAACACGCCCCUUUCUGCUCAUUGGCUACAGGUUUGUUUUGUUUGUCGACCCAACUCAGUUUUCUGAAGCAUUUCUCAAACAUCGUGAACCCUACCUUUAUCCAAAAAAAAAAAUCAACUGGUUACAGCACUAUAUUUAGCAUGUUAGUUAACUCUGACAAGAUAAGAAGGAGAAAGAGGAUGAUUAAUACUCGUUAAGGAAAGAGGAGGAAAAAAAACAGUGUUGUUGUGAUGUCUUCCUUAUUAGCGAACAAUACACUAAUUACCAGAAUCAGAAAAAAUUGUUUACAUUUUUGGGGAACCGGAUCUCCAGAAUGGUCAGAAAUAUGGUGGUGUCGAUGGAGGUGUUCAUCAUAUACUGUCUUACAUGAAGUAAAUAAUCUCCGAGGCAGUUUUUACAAAUCUCUGAAUCAGUUUAGUGAUAAACGAUGUACAAAAACGUACAAUCAGAUGUCACAUUAUGCUGUGAUAACACACUCACACACACACACACACACACACACACUUACACACUCUGCUCUGUCGUUUAUUCAGCAUAUUUAUGUACUUAUUCAUUUUGCACAAUCCUGGGAUUAGCUAAACAAGUCAGACUGCCAAAUCGCUGCCAUGUCCUGGUUUCUCCACUUUCCUUUUUUUUUCAUUUCAUCAUAAGCACCUUUUGUUUUUUAUUUAUUGUGUGAAUCUAAAGUAUUGUCAUUAUCAGACUCCUAAAUAUUAUGAAAUAUUAAUUCUAAUACUAUGUACAGGCACGUGUUAGCGUAAUGAGCAAAUUUUUUUUGCCGUUUUAUUCUCAAGUUUUUAAAAAAGCGAUCAGGUUCGAAACAUUUUGUACAGACUAUGUACAUAUACGGUACAGUAUAUACACGAGUACACAUAUAUACGUAAGGUGAAGGUGUUGGGGAUCUUAAUAUGAUUAUGUAGCUUUGUUUUUUUUUCCCAAAACAAGACUGCAGAAACUUAUGGUAUGAUAAUCAUCCAAGGAAAUGAUCAUGGGAUCAACUUCCAAAUUCACAUUUUCAAAGAAGGCAACAUAUAAAAACAUAUAUAUUUUUCACCUGCUAGCUAGAAAUGGUCCAAAAUACGAACUUUAUGUUACGUUCUGAAAAUCCAGGACACAUAAUUUAAACAGCACAAGUUUUAUUUCAGCCUGUAUGUGGAAUUAUAGCAGGCUGAUUUUUAUGAUAUCACUAGAACACUGAUAAAAGAGUCUGGUAAAAGCCCAUGCAGUUUGACAUCCCUACUGUGUAAGUAAAGCGCUAGCAUUUUUAAAACUAGAGAAAAUUACACAUAAACUUUUUUUUUCCUGGUAUAUGAAUGUUAAAGUUUCUAUAUAGUUAUCAUUAUAGUUUUUUCACACAGAUAUCCAGCAACCGUGUAAGUCACAAUCAUCUAGUGAGGAUCUGGACGUCUUUAGUCAGACUGAAUGCUAAAACAAAGCAAAGUUAUAAAUGAAAAAAAUGUUUGUUUGUUUUUUCAAAGUCAGCCAAUUUUUCGAGACAAACGAAAACGUUUAAAAUUAAAAUUCAGCUAACCUCGAUUUUAUCUAAACGUCUUUGGGUUCAAUUUUUAUUUAUUUAUUUACUUUUUAUUGAUUUUUCUUUUUUCAAUGUAAAACAUUGACAUUUGAAGCACAGUGGAUACUUUAACAUUUAUCUAUUUAAAUUCUUUUAUUUUUCUUUCAUAUAUUUUUUUUCCAAAAAUGACCCAGAAAUGAAUUCAAGCCAAUUUACACUGUUUUGGUCAAUAAAUACAAAUCAUAAUCAAGUCAGAUAAAGUUCCUUCUGCACCUCUAGAUGUUAGAGAAAGAACAUUUAACAUUAACAUCAAUAUUUUCUGUUUAACUGUUUUAUUUAUUCCACAAUUGUGUGUUGUUUUUAUUUGACCCUGAAUAAUUCUUUCUUAAACUUUAUAAAUUCUGUUUUACUUGAAUUUUUGAUUGUUAUAGCAAAAGUUUGUCUGUUCUUUCAGGAUUUCUUUCAGUGUUUUGUUUCUUUUCUUUUCGUGAUUCUUUCAGCCAAAAACUGUUGCUCUUGUUGGUUUUAUUUGUACACAAUUUGCACUACAACUUGCUUCUCUUUGAUCACUUUUCUGUUCAUCUCCUACCAGUGAAGACAUGUGUAAUGACAUGAUUAUGAGAUCUGUACAGAUUUGGUUGAUUUCUGUCAUCUUGGAGCGACUGAAUAGUGAUGUUUAAGUAAUAACAAUUUUUUUUUAUUUAAAUACACAGUCGAUGAAAUUUCAGGAAAUUAUUACAAAUGUUUGUUCGAGGAUAAAGUCGGCUUUACGCUGUGCGAUUCCAGCAGACUUUUAAGAUUAUUUCAAACUGAGAUUGUCCUACUCAAAUCCUGAUCGAGUUCUGUACCAGACAGAGGGUUCUCCAUAUGUUCUCCAUCUCCAUGUGUUCUCCAUCUCCAUGUGUUCUUUAUCUCCAUGUGUUCUUCAUCUCCAUUUGUUCUCCAUCUCCAUUUGUUCUCCAUGUGUUUUCUUUGUGUUCUCUAUCUCCAUAUGUUCUCCAUCUCCAUGUGUUCUUCAUCUCCAUGUCUUCUCCAUGUGUUCUAGAUCUUCAUGUCUUCUCCAUGUGUUCUAUAUCUCCAUGUGCUCUCCAUCUCCAUGUGUUCUCCAUCUCCAUGUGUUCCUCAUCUCCAUGCCUUCUCCAUGUGUUCUAGAUCUCUAUCUGUUCUCCAUGUGUUCUCCAUCUCCAUAUGUUCUCCAUGUCAGCUUACAUGCAGGAGAUCCUCUAAAGUCGUGUUAUGCCUACAUCAUGGAUUACGUGUCAUCCGACUUUAAUCCUCUCACUAACCCCAUGUUCCUAAUCCUCUCCCUGAUCCAGGCCACAUUUCUGUUGCAAUCUCAGAUGCAUUAAUAUUUAAAAAAAAACAUCCUGUACUGUACAUCUUCGCAGGCUAGUAGAUUAGCAUGGCUUGAUAACUAGCUAGCAUGUUAACAACAAAUAUCCAGCAUGCUAACACACUAACAGGGACAAAUCAGUACUCGUUCAUGGAUGGAGUCGGAAUCAUUAAACCAUGAAGACAAUCAAAUGAUAUAAAUAA